CCAAAAUGUGCUGGUUUCGAGGUUAGACAUACAUGAACUUGAACGCUCAGGCAGCGUUAAGGCCAUCAAGUGCAAAGCUGACGGAAGCUGGUUAUCUUUAUGGAGCACACAGCCAUUAAGCUCGCUAUCCUAUGGACGCAUAUUUUCCCCAGUGCUGUUUCAGAAGCCCAAACAUUCAGAGGUUGUACCAGGUUGAGAAAAUGCUGAUUGUGUCCACAAACGAGACCAGCAAAUGGAGCCUUAUGGACAAAAGCGUGUUAAGACAUGUCAAAAUACAGAAGCACCCAAAACUCGCACCGAUGAAAAUCUGCGAGGUCAAUGUCAGAGGAAACCAACAACCCAGACUCCCACCUUUCCGUGUUGUGACUGGAAUCCGUAUGUCGAGUCAACGCAUGGCAACCGUCACUAGGGUAACGUCCAAAAUCAUGUGCGCGCAAGAAUGUCUACACCAGGUGGCGCCACCGUGCAGGACUGCACAAUACGACUAGGACAAACAAAGCUGCGCACUGUUUGAUGGAUAUGAACAUGAAAAGGACACAAUGAAUGGAAACUUCACGAUCGUUUCCAAGUACGCUGAGUCCAUUUUCGACUAAACUAAAAAGAAAAAAUAUCCCAACGACAGCACAAUAAAUUAAUGCGCUAUUUAUUUUUACCAUAAUUGCUAGCACAUAUGUUAGCAGGAAAACAUAACGUAUUUACACUUGGUUUGUGUAUCAAUAGUGUGGGUCAAGGAUGAAAAUAUUAAAUUUAACAUAUUCUCACGUUUAUGUUGCCAAUUUUCAUCGUAUGUAAGAACAUAAUCAUUUUCGAACAUGAUAGCCUUUGGCUUGGACAUUUUUAUUUUUACGAUUUUGUGGAAGUAAGAAUUGUGAAAAAUAAGUUAAACAACCGUCAAUACCCGAUUCCUUACCAAUAAAAAAUGUUGGUUAUUUGAUUGUUUGUCUUCUGCUAUUUAUUUGUAUUGCUCUGAAAACGUGAGAUCACAGCUUUUGUUGUAUUUUUAUGUUUUUUAUA